ACUUAGUUAAGUGAAGCUGUAGUGCCAUUGAACCAGAGCUGCCAUCCUCGCUGCUUGCAGUACGACUUCUCCCUGCUGAAAGAGGAAAUAAGCGUACCUUCAAAAUGUCUGAUCAGUCACCAUUUGACACAGAUGUGAUCACCCUGACCCGCUUUGUCAUGGAACAGGGGAGGAAAGCAAAGGGAACAGGGGAGCUAACACAGCUGAUCAACUCCAUGCUGACAGCAAUCAAGGCCAUUUCUUCAGCAGUCAGGAAAGCCGGCCUGGCACACUUGUAUGGGAUUGCUGGGACUGUAAAUGUUACAGGGGAUCAGGUGAAAAAACUGGAUGUCCUAUCCAAUGAAAUGGUCAUUAAUAUGCUCCAGUCAUCUUACAGCACUUGUGUUCUUGUCACGGAGGAGAAUGAAGAGGCGAUCAUCACUCCCAAAGAGAAAAGAGGUAAAUACAUUGUCUGCUUCGACCCUCUGGACGGCUCCUCUAAUAUCGACUGCCUGGCCCCAAUUGGGACGAUCUUCGCCAUUUACAGGAAGGUGACAGAAGAUGAGCCCUCAGAGAAAGACGCCCUACAGCCUGGAAGAAACAUUGUGGCUGCUGGCUAUGCCCUGUAUGGCAGUGCCACAUUAGUUGCGCUGAGCACUGGACAAGGAGUCAACUGCUUUAUGUUGGAUCCAGCUGUGGGUGAGUUCAUCUUAGUCGAAAAAGACAUGAAACUUAAGAAGAAGGGAAAGAUCUACAGUACCAAUGAAGGCUAUGCCAAGUAUUUUGAUCCUGCAGUAACAGAAUACUUGCAGAAGAAGAAAUUCCCAGAGGAUGGAAGUGCUCCAUACAGUUCAAGAUAUGUUGGGUCCAUGGUAGCUGAUGUGCAUCGGACUCUGGCCUAUGGUGGGAUCUUUUUGUACCCAGCUAAUUCAAAAAGUCCAAAAGGAAAGCUUAGGCUCCUGUAUGAAUGCAACCCUAUUGCAUUUCUUGUGGAGCAAGCUGGAGGAAUGGCAACAACGGGGACAGAGUGUGUGCUGGAUGUGAAACCUCAGUCGAUCCACCAGAGAGUUCCACUAAUAUUGGGCUCCAAAGACGAUGUGGAGGAAUAUCUCACCUUUGUACAAAAGCACCAGAAAAGCGGCUGAUGUGGCUGGCAAUCCUCGGUCACUGUAGAGGGUCAAUAGAGACUGCUACCCUAUUAAGCAGUCCUCCCCUAUUCUUUGAUAAUAAUAUCCUUCAGAAAGUGUUUGUGCUGAACACAUUGUCUGAGGAAUUCUUAAUAAACUCUUUAUUUUUUUGUUAUAAAUCAUAAUGCUAUAUAGUUUGUUGUUCAUAUAAAA